GCAGAUAGAUGAUGGAAGAUGAAUGGAGCGACUAGCUAGCAACUAGCUAGCGACAACAACAUCACAGCACAGUAACUGGCAACAGUAAGCUGGAACAAGAAACCACUGAUUAAUGAAAGCAGUUUGGAGCUGUUUAAAGGACCCACCUACUGGGUUCCGCAUAUUUGCCAUAUAAGCUAAGCAGGACAGCCAGUUGGUACUGUGGGCGUGCUAAUAACAAACCUUAGCAUGCACGGGAAGGAGUCCCUUUGGGUCUAUACAAGAUUUAAACUGUCUGAAUCAACGGAAAACACACCAUUUCGAGAGGGCUGAGGCAACAGUGCUACACCAUGUACUCCAGCCAUAACAACCACAUGAAGCCCAGCUGCAACAGCAGCAGCAUCACUGAGCUGCUGUCUGCCCUGUGUGACUCCAGCCUCACGGGGGUAUCAUGGAAACGCCGUGCCCUCGGUGGAGUCUCAAGAGAAGGUUUCCGCAGAGCUCUCAAGAAGUGUGCCUAUGGUGCCCUGCUGUCUAAGCUAUUCCAAGAUGGCACCAAAGGGUCUGCCGCAGGACCGAGUGCCACAGCUAAUACACCACCCAGAAAUAAAGUCCUGAUGAUAUGUUUUGACUUGCGGGUGGCAGGGUGCCGAGAGGAGGCAGAGAGGUUGGAGGAGCUGCUGGGGAGGCUGCCCGAGGGAGCAUCCUCUGGCCUGGAGGAAGUAGACGCAGUCCUCAAGCUCCUGGUGCACUUGGCUGGUUCGGCUCCUCCACCCCCUACCUCUUUCAGCAGGGACUACAUGAGACUAGAGAGGCCCGUGUUGCGAAGACCUCAACCCUGGGGCUACCAGAGUGAGGAGCUGCAGAGGCUAGAGGCCCGGGCGUGGGGUCUAGUGUGUGGGGAGGAAUGGGGGACUUUGGAGAGUUUGUGUGGAACACAGAGGUUGAUGGAUGCCCCGCCAGGCACAGGACUGCUGGCUCUGAGAACUAAAUUGGAAGCAGAAGAAAGAUUUGAGCGGGAGACCAGGUUGACGCUGUUUGGAGCACUGCAGCACACUCGCACCUCUGACAUAGACAUAAGACUGGACCUGCCUCCCGUUCCCAGUAAUAUUGAUGUAACUGGGCUGGCUAUAAGGGUCCCUUCCUGUUUAGAUCAGUCUGAGGAUGAGGGCUUCCAGUCAGCUUCCAACCUGACCCCAGACUCUCAGUCUGAGCCCAGCCCCAUUCCAGACGUUGAUAUAUGGGAAGCUCUCCGCACAUUUGAGCCAGAAAGACGCCGCUGCUGGGAGUCUGUUGGCUGCCCACCGGGAAAACGUGAGUCACUCUAUCUAACAGAGGGAGGCAGGGAGGCCUUUGACAAACUGUAUCGUCUCUGGGAGGGGGAGAUGAGGGUGGUCAGCACAAGUACACCCUCCCCUCUCCUCCCACUGCCCCUGGACUCUCAGAAACAACUGGUGUCUGACCUCCUCAACGUCUUGAUAGGAGUGACGUCCACGACCUUCCCUCUCAACCAGAGUGUUCAGUUUGACGUCAGACCUGGUGUGUGCGUGUCGGGGGCAUCUCCAGAGAGUGUGUCUCGUCUCUUGGGGGAGCUGGCCCAGUACGGCACCUACUACUUGAGGCUGAGUCGCUUUUCUCUGCAGAGUGCUGACAAAAAAGGACUAGUGUUUCAGGCUUUUACAGGUGGUCUGCGGAAGUAUCUGCAUUACUACAGGGCUUGUGUUCUCAGUACUCCACCCACCCUCAGCCUGUUGACUAUUUGCUUCCUCUUCCGCAAAGUGGGGCGCCAACUGAGGUACCUGUCAGAACUGUGCUGUGUAGAUGGACCUUUGGGUGCAGGCCAGACCACCUUCCCUGUGGGUGUUAAACUGCUGUCCUACCUGUACAAUGAAGCACAGAAUAACUGCAGCAACGAGAACUAUCCAGUCUUGCUGUCGCUGCUGAAGAGCAGCUGUGAACCUUAUACACGGUUUGUGUCUGACUGGGUAUAUAGCGGCGUCUUUCGAGAUGUUUAUGGAGAAUUCAUGAUCCAGGUCAAUGAGGAGUAUCUCAGUUUCAGAGACAAACACUUCUGGGUCCAAGGCUACACUCUGAUCUCAAAGGAUGUGGAGGAUUGUGUGCCCCUCUUCCUGAGACACAUUGCAAAUGACGUGUACGUGUGUGGAAAGACCAUCAACCUCCUCAAGAUCUGCUGUCCACAGCACUACAUCUGCUGGUCAGAGCUGCCGGUGCCUCGCAUUGCUGUCACCUUCUCCCUCCAGGAGGUGGAGGAAAUUGAGAGGGACUGUGCUGUGUACCGCGGACGCCUGGAGAGGGUUGCAAAGCACAGUGCCCUCAGCAGGGAGGAACAAGCCCAGCGAGCAGAGCAGGCACGCCAGGAGCUGAUCAAUCAGGUCAGAGAGUCAGCAGCCAGAACCCUGGAGAGCAUCCGCGGGCGGCAGGUGUCACAACGUCUGGCUGAGGAGGCCAAGAAGAGAGAGCGUUUUGAGGAGCUGAAACAGCACCUGGAGCAGGAGCAAGAGUGGCGAAGUGCAGCCAAGAGGAAGCAGGAGGAUGAUGACUUUAGCUUUGCCAGAGAGGUGAGGGACAGAGAGAAGAGGCUACAAGCACUGGAGGAGCAACUGGAGCAGAGAGCCAGGAAGGAGCUGAUUGCUCAGUACAGCCGUCUGUCAGAGGAAGCAGCUGGCAGAGAGAGGCGGGCCAUGUGGCGGGUACAGCGGAUGAGACUUGAUGAAGCCCGGGCUCAGUUCUUCAUGCAGGACAGACAGCAGACUCAGGCAAUGCUAGAGAAAUAUCCUUUAGGCCAGGAGAGACCACCCAUGGAAAUAUUGCCAUCUGUUCCCUCAGCACAACAGACUGCACCACAACCAACAGUGGAAUCUCCCUCUCAGAAUCGGCCUGAACAGCAGCCAGUGGAGACUGAAGAAUCUAAUGCUGUAUCACCACCGCUUGACCCAUCUUCAUCUGCCCUUAGAGUAGACCCUGCCCUCAUCUCUGAGGACAUUGACAUCAAUGAUUUUCUCGCUAAGUCACCAAAUCCUGACAGUCAGCAGGUGGAUAUUGCCCUACAGGAGAUCGGCUCUGACCUACCUGAAGUGUGUCCUACAGCACAACUGGUAGACUAUGACUUCAGUGCCCCCUUUAGUCCACUUGAGGGUAUCAUUGGCCAAGCCUCCUCCCAGCCCCGGCCUCGGUGGGGACCUGCAGUCCAGCCUGAUCUGAUCCAAAACCACCCUUCUUUUUCUCAUAUCCCCAUAGGAGAGAACAUAUCUCAAGUUCAGGAGAGUCUCCCCAAAGCCGGCCCCUUUGGCCAAGCCUCCAAAUCCAGCUUUCCUCUAGGCCAGUACACCCCAGAGGAGCCCCAAAAUACAUCUAAAGCAAGCGUUUAUGGACAUCCCUCUCAUUCCUCAGUGCAGCUUGUAGAUGGAAGUGGCUUAAGGCCAGACAACAAGCAUGCAGAAGUUGCAUCUAUUAUAGAACAGAAAUCUGAAAUGGGGAAUUUGGAAAGUAAAGUAGAGGCAAAAGAAGACAAGGGUAAACCUGUUGAGCAUACAAAAGAUGAUGUGGUUGAUACUGCCGCUUCCACCACACUAGAGCAAGGUGGUAAGGAUAAUGGUCACCACAAAGAGGUGACAAGUCUUUCACCUGAUACAAGCAGUCAACCCUGCAGUUUAGAUGCCCAAGAUAAUGCUGGUGAAAAUAUUUCUUUGCCAAACAUUCAUGACUCCAGUGCACACCUAAAAGCUGGCGAGCUGGUUUCAGAUGCUGUUGACCCACAACCUUUGCCUAACAUCCAUGGACAUUCCUCUGAUGCUCACAUAAAGGUUGGAAUGUAUGUAUCAGGUGUAACUGCUCUUCUUCCACCCCCUAACAUCCACGGCCAUGCCUCAGAUUCACACAUCAAGAUUGGAAUUCAUGUUUCGGAAGUUAAUUCUCCUCAACCUUCCUCCAGUGCUCAUGGUCACUCUUCUGACUCUCACAUUAAAGUUGGGGAAAACAUUUCAGAUUUUGUCGCUCCUCCUCUUAUUCCAAAUAUCCACGGUCAUGCCUCAGAUGCCCACAUUAAAGUUGGGGAAAACAUUUCAGACUUUGUCGCUCCUGUUCUUAUUCCAAAUAUCCACGGUCACGCUUCAGAUGCCCACAUUAAAAUUGGAGAAAACAUCUCAGAUGUUGUUGCACUACUUCCUUCUCCCAGCAUCCAUGGUCACUCCUCUGAUGCUAAUAUAAAAGUUGGCGAGUUUGUUUCUAACAUACCCGAAGAGAGACUUCGUUCGAGUAAACAUGGGCAUGCCUCAGACUGCAUCCUUCAAACAGGCUGUGUAGUAUCUGGAACUGAACCCGCCUUGUCUGCUCUACCUGGAAGCUCCUAUGGUCACUCUUCAGACUCCGCCUUGGGUGUUGGAUGCGUAGUUUCAGCAGACGAACCCAAGCGUUCUCCUCUACCUGGCAGUGCCCAUGGUCACUCUUCAGACUCAAAUUUAGGCAUUGGAUGUGUUGUGUCCAAAACUGAACCACUUCCAUCACCACUACCUGGCAGUGCCUACGGCCACUCCUCUGAUUCAACGCUGGGGGUGGGUUGUGUGGUGUUGGGAACGGUGCCGCAAGCCUCUGUACUACCAGGAAGUGCUUAUGGCCACUCAUCAGACUCUUCACUUGGAGUUGGGUGUGUGGUGAAGGGUAAAGACACUGGAAAUCAACAGAAGAGAGAAGACAAUGAAGAUGGUAAAGGUUCUAAGUCGGACAGCCCUGUUGAGCAGCUGGUUGAGAGCAUGGGCUCCUGGGCAGCCGGCUUCGGUUUGUCCCCUGGAGAGAAGUCUGAGCAGGAAUACCUCAUGGCUUUGUCUACACAGUACCAGGUGGAACACUACGAAGACUGCUACAACCUAAUGGCUUCUUCCCCCGAGUGUCAGCUGCUGAAGCAGGUAACUCGGGGCCCCUGGGGCCUUCCUAUGGACCCCACACUCCGCAGAGCCACAGACACCACCGCUAUCCAACUCAGCGAGAUGGUUUCCCUGCCAGUUCUGAUAAAGCACUCUGUCACCACCCCACUCAUCACACAUGUAUCUUUGGUGAACAAGGCAGUGGUGGACUACUUCUUUGUGGAAUUGGGGGUGGAAAGACACUUUGAAGCACUGCGACACUUCCUGCUGAUGGAGGAUGGCGAGUUCGCCCAGUCCCUCAGCGAUUUACUCUUUGAAAAGCUGGGCAGUGGCCAGACUCCUGGCGAACUGCUGACCCCCCUGGUGCUGAACUCCAUCCUCAGCAAGGCCCUGCAGUACAGCUUACACGGGGACACCCCCUUAGCCGGCAACUUCACCUUCGCCCUGCGCUUCCUCCCGGAGACCUUCCACCCACACGCCCCAGAUUCUCUCAACUGUCUGGAGCUACGCUACAAGGUGGACUGGCCGUUGAACAUCAUCAUCACGGACAGCUGCAUGAACAAGUACAAUCGUCUGUUCUCGUUCCUGUUGCAGCUCAAACACAUGGUGUGGAGCCUCCGCGAGGUCUGGUUCCACCUCAAGAGAACGGCACUGGUGAAAGGUGCUGGUCGCUCGGUGCAGUUUCAUCAGCUGCAGCUAUACAGACAUGAGAUGCAGCAUUUUGUCAAGGUGAUACAGGGAUACAUCGCAAACCAGAUCCUGCAAGUGUCCUGGAGCGAGUUCACAGCCAAGCUGGCCACUGCCAGUGACCUGGACGCCAUCCACCGCACACAUGCAGACUACCUCAACAGAGCCAUCUUCAGGGGUCUGCUGACAGAGAAAGCAGCUCCGGUCAUGAACAUCAUCCACAGCAUCUUUAGCCUGAUCCUCAAGUUUCGGGCCCAGCUGAUUGCACAGCCCUGGGAGAGCCAGCAGGGGGAGGCAGUGCACCCCAGCUUCAUUGCCAUGCAGCAGUCGUACAACACCUUCAAGUAUUACUCUCACUUCCUUUUCAAAGUGGUGACCAAGCUGGUAAACAGAGGCUACCAGCCUCAUCUGGAGGAUUUCCUCCUUCGUAUUAACUUCAACAACUACUACAAGGACUCCUGAGCUGUGUACUGGUGUGUAUUUUGUACAUAAGCGAAGUGUGAGUCCUUCACAUAUUACUGACAAUUUGUUAGAAACUUAUCCAAUGCAACAUUGUCCACCAUGAGUGUUUACAUUUUUAGAAUUCCCUAUGUGUUUAUAAGACAGAAGAGGGGACAGUACUGUAUACCGGGAAUGGAUUUGAGCUACAUGUUUUUGUGCUUGAUGAAUGGCUUUACUCCUAAAUUGCCUGCUGCCAAAGUUUUUAAUUGAGAUAAAGCCGAUGCCUACUGUAAUGCCUCCCAUGCUCAGGUGUGCCUCCAGCUGUGUAGAUUUUAAGUGCAUAAAAACUAAAUGUCAAUUAUAUGUAAAUAGAAAAGCAAAAUGCUUUGUUUAAUAAAUGCUCUAUUCUCUGCUGUG